CAGCGCCUUUUCCUGCUCACUCUUUAAACCUAGUGAAAAUCAGAGCAAUUGUACCUGCCCGGAGCUGAGUCACUGAGCUUACACAAUGCUGUCGCAAAUGACAUUUCACCAUUUAUCCGUCAAGCCUGGUGAAUGCAUCAAAGUGAAAGGGAAAGUGGCACCAGAUGCCAAGAGCUUUGCUCUCAACUUGGGCCAGGAUGGGUCAGAUCUGAUCCUUCACUUCAACCCUCGCUUUGAUAGUCUCGGAGAUGCCAGGACCAUUGUGUGCAACUCCAGGGAAGGUGGAGAGUGGGGUUCGGAGCUUCGCGAGCCAGAGUUUCCUUUUCAAGAAGGAGAAGACACCAAGAUCUGUGUCUACUUUGAUGUGGAUCAAGUGACAGUGAAGAUAAAUGGAGACCACGAGAUCAAAUUCCCCAACCGGCUAGGGCGGGACUCUGCAGAAUAUUUCUCGGUGGAAGGAGACUUCACCAUUAAAUCUGUCAAGUUUGACUGAAACGGCAGUUGUAUUCUUCCUCUCUUUUUUGGUAUAUCUGUCCUACAAGGAAAAACUGAAUAAAUGAAAAACUGUUACUUGA